GGAAAACUUUAGAGAGCGAAGGCCUGUCAACAAAACUGCACACUUCAGUUUGCAAGUUUGCACAAGACACAAGAGAGUGGUGGAAAUUAAAGCGGUAUUAAAGGCGGAAGGUGCUUCAGAGUUACCAGUUGCUGGACGGAGCCACUAGGGGGCAAUGUCUGAAAACAGCAACAGCGCCAAUGGCAACUCCUGGACUCUUCUUACCCCAGAGGUAAAGGAGUCUGGAGUUGAGAAUGUGGGUCCUGUAGCUGAAGGUCCUAAGAUGGAGGGGCAGCUCUCAAAAGCAUCUGAGCCCUCACCGGAGGCCCACAGUGACCUGGAGAAGCACUCCUCUGAAGCAUCUGCUCACCAGCCGGAGACACAUUUGCAGUCUGACCCAGCUCUCACCCAUGGGUCAGAGCCUCCAGAGCUAUCUCAGGUAACGUCUCCCGAGACGAGUGAGGGUCGAUCCCAGCUGAAUGCAGCACAAGUCAAUGAAGAGCCCAGCUCUGUCAGUGCCACUGUCGAGGACAUCAGCUCCUGGACCCCUGACCACGAGGAGCGAGGUCACUCAGAGAGCCCAGUUUCUCCCAGCGCUGAUGUUGAUUCAUUCUCUGACUCAUACACUCACAUUAGUCUUACCUCCGGAACGAGUCCACUUCCUGCUUCAGUUGGUCAGGAAAGAGACUGGUUUAAAUCAGAUGAGGAUUCUCUGAGGAAAACUUCAACUGAAGAGUCUAAAGAAGUGUUAGAAACAAACGGGAAGGAGGGGGAUGGUUUACGAAAGAGAAAAAUCUCCCACCUGGGCUCUUUGGACAAACCUGAGGCAGAAGAUGAUGAAGAGGCGGAGGAAGAUUUUCAACCACCUCAAAGAGAAGAGGAAACAGUCUUUUCUUUGAACAAGUGCAUCCUUGCAGCUGUCAUUCUUCUAGGGCUCGGGACCAUUUUCUUCUCCGGUAUGCUCAUGGACCCAGAUGGUGAAGCAGACAUGGAUGUUAAAGAGCUGAAGGAUCCAACAAAUCCGGAGUGGUUGAAUCCUGAGGUCUCCAAAGACACGCCUGUUGAUUUUCAGCCUCCAGAUAUUUUAAGCAAACAGGCAGAGGAGGAUCAGCAAAUAUUGGCACUACAGGCACAGCUUCAGCAACAUGAAGGUGAACUGAAAGCAGCGCAACUUCUGGCAGAGGAGGGAGAGAAAGAGCGUCUGAGGAGAGAAGAGCUAGAGAAGGAGUACCAGAGGAUAAAAGGAGAACUAGAUAGAGUACCUGCUCUUCAAAAGGAGCUGGAGCAAGAGAACGAGAGAAUGAAAGAAGAAAGUAUGAGAGCAAAGAAAGAGUUGGAGGCCCUGCCGUUACUACAGAGAGAACUGGAGCAUCUGAAAGAUAAAGUUUCACAGCUCACACAGAGCACAGGAAGAGCCGAAUCAGUGCAUCCAGUUGCAGCUUCUCAGAUGCCCUCUGCUGGAGACAAAAGUGAUGUACCACCGAUGGAAAAACAAGACAUGAAGUCCAGGAAGACUUGGGACAAAAAGAGUGAGGAGAAGGAACAAAGCAAGGGAGAUAAAGAAUGGAAAAAGAAGAAAACUGAAAAAAAGGAAGAUGACAAGGGAAGGAGAGAGAGAGCGACUGAGGGAGAACAUACUAAGGAACAGAAGGAAAGGAAAAAAGAUAAAAGCCACCAUGAGGAAGGUAAAGCAGGGAAGCGAAAAGAAGAGAGAAAGGAGUGGAAAAAUGACAAAAAACAAGAUUCUGAUAAAAUGGGGAAAGAAAGUAAAGACAAGAAAGAUUUUAAGGGAUGGGAUGAGAAAAAAGAAUGGAAGGAAGAUAAAAAGUGGAAGAAAGACAAACAAGUAGGACAGGAUGACAAAAAGACAAAAGACAAAAAGGACUGGAAGGAUUCAGGGAACAAGAAUGUGAAAGAGGAAAAAGAAUGGAAACCGAGAGGGGAGCGGAAAGAGGACAAAGACUGGAAAAGCGAUAAACGGAGUGACCAUAAAGAAGGGAAAGAGAAACGGAAUGAUGAAUGGAAAGGUGCAAAAGAAUGGAGAAAGGAAAAGAGUGAGGGAAAACACAACGAUAAAACAGAGAAAAAAUGGAAAGAAAACAAAGAAUAUUCAAAAGAUUAUUAUGAAAAAGAAGUAGAGGACAAGCACUGGAGAGGGAAACGAGAGUCAAAAGACAGAGAAUGGACAAGAGAAAAGGAGGAGAAAAAUAAGAAGGCGCACUACCAUAAAAACGAGGGGAAAAAUAGUCCCAUUGAAAAGGAGAAACAACGCAAGGAGAGACAUGGACAUGGACAUGGACACGGACCAUCAGACGAGGCCUCCUCCCACCACCAUUACGACCAUGAGAACUACUGGACCAAACAGAGAGAGCGGAUUCAGCACUAUAACGGGCAGCGGGAGGCGUGCAGCGGUGUGGCAGACUGCGCUCGAGUCGAGGGACUCUCUCCCGUCAGCCUGCGGGACUUCGAGACCCUUCUCCAAUCCUACCUGAACAAGCUCCAGGAUCAGGACCAGGCCUCCAGGAAAGAAGAGCUCGGUAAGCUGGUGAAGGAGUUCUUCAUGAAUGGAGUGUUCGCUCAUGAUCAGAUGCCGUUCAGAGAGUUUGUGGAAGAUGUGGGGGACAUUUUGGAGGACAUGGCUGAAGGAGAAGAAAGUGACAGCGAGGGAGAGGACAGCGAGGAAGACGAAGACGACGACGAUGAGAUGGAGGAAUUUGAGAGGGAGGCAAUGGAGAAGUUUGCACUUCCAGAAGAAGUGAAGAAGGCUCCGAAGAAGGGAGAGCAGAAGAAAGAGACCAGGAGAGUGAAAGUUUGAAGGUUCCUUGUGGUGAUUUAGAGGUUUUGAGAAAAAGGUACAUCUGAAAACAGUCGCUCCUGGAUUUACUAAUGCGGUGUGUCAAUUUUAAAGAGCUAUUUGUUUUGAUCAGUAUGGCUUUGCUUUUUCUUUUCAUAGAUAAAGCAUUACUGUAAAACCUCAGUGAUGGUUUCCUUCUUAUAAAAGCUAUUUUUGCUCAUUUUUUUCCCAUUAUCUUUAUCUUAAUUUGAGAAUGUUAUACAACAUCAAAUAUAGACUCAUGGAGAGUCGCCUGUUCAGACAUUUUAUGAUCUGGGGCUGGAUUCAUGAAAUGUUCUUAAGAAUAAAAUUCUUAAUUUUUAUUUUCUUAUGUUCUAUUUUAAGAAACGUAAAGAAUAUUGUGUCUUCGUGACAAGAAUUCUUAAAGGGACAGUUCACCUAAAAAUGAAAAUUCUGUUGUUAAUCGCUCACCCUUAUGUCGUUCCAAACCCGUUGGAGCUUCGCUCAUAUUCAGAACACAAAUUAAGAUAUUUUUGAUGAAAUCCAAGAGCUUUCUGAGCUUUCAAUUGAAAAAAUAGUCCAUGUGACAUCAGUGGUUCAACCAUUAGGUUAUGAAACUAGAAGAAUACAUUUUGUGUGCAAAGAAAACAAAUGAAACAAAACAAGAAUAAAGUAUUUAUUUUUGUUUUCUUUGCGCACAAAGUAUUCUCGUAGCUUCAAAAAAUUAUGGUUAAACCACUGAUCCACUGGACUAUUUUAACAAUAGAAUGCUCUUUCAACGAAAAUAUCUUAUUUGUGUUCCGAAGAUGAAUGCAGGCCUUACGGGUUUGGAACAACAUGAGGGUGGCAGAAUUUACAUUUUUUUUGGUGAACUAUCUCUUUAAGAAUUAUUGUUUUGUCUUAAGAUAGUUCUUAAAAAACUAACAUUUAACAUUUUAACAGUUAACAUUUUUUUUUUAAAUAUGUUCAAAAUCAUUCUGAAUAACGUCUUAGACCUUGGAAUACACAGUGAUUAAUAAAUUAAUUGGACUGUUUUGAUUUUAAAAUAUAAGUGUUACAACAUUAUAAAUAUAAUGCAUAUUACUACUACUGUAUUUUACUUAUUAUUAUAAUCUAGCGUACCUGCAUGUUUGUUCCAGAAUUACUGUGUGUUAUCAAUGGAGAAGCAGACAGAAAGCCCUCUUAGAGAUGACAUAAAAUGUCUGCUAUUAGGUGCAAAAAAAAAAAAAAAAAAGAUUUACCAAGGAUUUAAUGAAUAGAUUAGUAUAGUCAAAAAGUCAAAACGUUUUGUCAUUAUUAUUUUACUCUUAAAAAAAUGUUCCUGGAAAUGAAAUGUGUUCUAAAGAAAAUAUUUAGAUUUUUUAUUAUUAUUUUAAAGUAAUUUUGCUCAAAAUUCUUAUUUAUCUUCAUAACGUUCUUAAUUUUGUUUUAUGAGUAUAUUCAUGAAUCUGGCUCCAGGGAAACAUGCUGUCAGAUGCUGGAUUUUUCUUGGAACUGAUCUACUGUUACGGCACAUCAGGUUUAUGUUUAAGACAUGGCACAUCUUACACGAAAAUAAUAUUUGUGCAGGAAUAUUCAUCAGAAGAAUGUAGCGCUGAGGGUGACAGUUCACAGUUACAGACUGGUACACUCAUUUGUAAUGAUAUUUUAAUUUUGUCUCUUAAAAUAGUCACGUAACGAUUCAAGUGCAUUUUAAAAUCAUACUUAGCUUUUACACUGUACAGAUAAUAAAUAGAUUGUUGGAGUUUUGUUAAUGUUUAUAAGUUUUGCUAUGCUCUGCUUUUUUGUUUGUUUGUUUGUUUUUUAAUUCUUUAAAUUAUUUUGUUUGUCUUGUCUUUGGUUUAGGACUCCUGACCCAAUGUUUUUGGUUUGUUUGAGAAUUUCACUAGUAUUUAUAACAUAUGAUGGAGGAUAUCCUUAAUAACAUGCUUGUAUUGUCUGGACCUUUGUAAUCAUUAAAAAAAUGACAAAAAUAUAAGUUGGGUAUAUAAAAUAUAAAUCCUGUUUCUUGCACUUGUGUCAACACAUUAUAAGGCAAAACUGCUUCUAGAUCCUGUGCUGGGUUACACAGUCAAAUACAAAAACUAGUAUUUUAAAAGUAUUGUACACUUAUUCACUUAACUACUUAAGUGCAGCAUAUAGUUUUUCACAGUCCACUAAAUUGUAAUAAAAUGUGCAACACUGAUAAAUGUAAUAAAGUUUUUUUUUUUUUUUUUUUUGGUUAGUCGAUGUUCAGAUGAUUGUGGUUAUGGAAGUGGGUAAUGUUCAUGCUGAAUAAACAGAUGCAUACUGUUA